AUGGGCGCCCUCACAACUUUCUUUACUGCAGUAUGCGCCUUAGCACAAAACGACAUUAAGAAAAUCAUCGCGUUCUCUACCUCAAGCCAACUGGGAUUGAUGAUGGUCGCCAUUGGACUCAAUCAGCCCCAACUUGCCUUCUUCCACAUCUGCACCCAUGCCUUCUUUAAAGCAAUACUGUUCAUAUGCGCAGGCUCCUUCAUUCACGCCCUAAACGACGAGCAAGAUAUUCGAAAAAUGGGCGGAUUAUUCAACAUCCUCCCUACAACCUCAACCUGCUUUACAAUCGGCAGCCUGGCAUUAAUCGGCACCCCUUUCCUGGCCGGGUUCUACUCAAAAGACGCCAUCAUUGAAGCCCUUGCCGUUACCCACCUCAACUCCUGUGCCCUCCUGUUCGUCCUUGUAGCCACCUCUUUUACGGCUGUCUACAGCCUCCGACUCAUCUACUAUGUCACAAUAGGCCAACCUCGAUUCUCCCCCCUACUCGCUAUCACCGAAAAUGACCCAGCAAUCCUUAAACCACUUGCCCGACUAGCCUGA